GGGCAGGCGGCCAGACGGGAGCAUGGUCGCGGCUCCGCAGCAGCCUCCGCCGCGCCGCGCCCCCCUGCCCGGCCUCCAGCGUGGCUCCCGGCACCCGCAGCCGCGCGGGGCUCUGCGUUAGCGGCGGAGGCUGCGAUGCACAAGCCGCCGCCGCAGCCGCCUCCCGCCGCCGCGCAUCCUCCCGCCGCCUGAGGACGCGGCCACGCACCCGCGCUGCUGGCCCAGAGCCGCCUGCGCCCCCGCGGAGGGAGGUAAUCUGGUUUCCCAGAAACCUUCUGUUAAAUGCAAGGGUUUGCUGUCCUGUUCACUGACUGUUACACCUGAGGCUGAUUUUGAUACAGAUUCUGGAUAUUGCAGGGCCAGCUCUCGAGUUCCCUUUGAGAAGAAGCUGCCCUCCAUCGAGAUGUCACGGCACCACAGCCGGUUUGAAAGAGAUUAUCGGGCCGGGUGGGAUCGCCGGGACUGGAGCUCCAACGGCAACCACGUCAGCAGCACCAACUGCGGCAGCGCCGCCAGCACCAACAGCACCAACCGGCCCGGCCUGCUGCCGCUGCCCCUUGGGCCCUCCCGCCUGCCUGCCCCAGCCACCGCUGCCUGCACCACGGGCAACACUGACGUCAUCACCAGCCUGGUGGCUAACUCCUCCCCAGCUUCAGCUACCAAAACACCUUGCAUUUCCAAGACUGAAAAUCAGCCUCAAGGGCUUGCAACGAGUGUCAGGUGGGGACAGACACCCAUCAAUCAGUCCACGCCCUGGGACACUGAUGAGCCUCCAUCUAAACAGAUGAGGGAGAAUGAAAACCCAGGUGCAGCACCCUGGGUCACCACAGUGGCGGCCGGCAGCCAACCCGCCCUCAUCACGCACUCCUAUGGGAUGGCGCAGCCACCUGCCUUCAGCCCAGCCGCCAACGUCCAGGCUCCCGUCAUCGGUGUGACGCCCUCCCUCCCUCCGCACGUCACCCCCCAGCUCCCGCUGAUGCCGGCCCACUACCAGCUCCAGCCACAGCCCUCUCAGCCCCUCAGCAACAUGGUGGUCAACCUCCAGAGCCAGCCCUUGUACACCAACAGCCAGCCCCUCAGUAUGUCCUCCAUGAGCGGCGUGGGCCCGGUGGCCCACCCGGGCCCUGGGGCAGUGGGCAACGGCCACCUGGCUUGCCCCAUGCUGCCACCACCACCACCGGCCCUGCCCUCGGCCGCCCUGCCCAGCAGCGCACCUGCCACCAACGGGCAGGCGGCUGCCCCACUGCCUCCCAACGCGACAGGGGGUCCGGACAACACCAAUGGGGUGCAGAUGCUGCGGACCAUCGGUGUGGGGAAGUACGAGUUCACGGACCCCUGGCACCCCAAAGAAAUGUUGAAGGAGUUGAACCAGCAACGCAGAGCGAAAGAGUUUACAGACCUGAAAAUUAUUGUUGAAGGCAAAGAGUUUGAAGUCCACCAAAAUGUUCUAGCUUCCUGCAGCUUGUAUUUCAAGGACCUGAUUAAAAGGUCACCACGAGACAGUAGCAGAAGCGGGGAGAAGCUGGAAUUGGCCAUGUCCAACCUCACUGCGGAUGUCCUGGAAUUACUCCUGGAGUUUGUUUAUACAGGUUCUUUGAUCAUAGAUUCAGCCAAUGCAAAAACCCUACUGGAAGCUGCCAGCAAGUUCCAGUUUCACACUUUCUGUAAAGUCUGCGUUUCGUUUCUAGAAAAACAGCUAACUGCUAGCAACUGCUUAGGAAUAUUAGCCAUGGCUGAAGCCAUGCAGUGCACUGAACUAUACAACAUGGCCAAAGCAUACGCCCUGCAAAUUUUCCCAGAGGUGGCAAACCAAGAAGAGAUCCUUAAUAUCUCAAAAGACGACUUCAUCUCCUACAUGUCCAAUGACAGCUUGAACACCAAAGCGGAGGAGCUGGUGUAUGAAACAGUGAUAAAGUGGAUUAAGAAGGACGCUGCAAUCAGAGCUCAGUAUGCCGCGGAGCUGUUGGCAGUGGUUCGCCUCCCCUUCAUCCAUCCCAGCUAUCUGCUAAAUGUUGUUGACAAUGAGGAGUUGAUAAAGUCUUCAGAGGCUUGCCGGGAUCUGGUGAACGAAGCCAAACGUUAUCACAUGCUGCCGCACGCCCGACAAGAGAUGCAGACACCGAGGACCCGGCCCAGACUCUCUGCAGGUGUAGCCGAGGUGAUAGUCUUAGUUGGAGGUCGUCAGAUGAUUGGUAUGAAUCAACGGGCUUUAACAGCAGUCACUUGCUUAAAUCCUCAAAACAAUAAGUGGUACCCUUUGGCCAGCCUGCCCUUCUAUGAUCGAGAGUUUUUCAGUGUGGUCAGCGCUGGGGACAACAUCUAUCUCUCAGGCGGCAUGGAGUCGGGUGUCACGCUCGCCGAUGUCUGGUGUUACAUGUCCUUGCUCGAUAACUGGAACCUCGUGUCCCGCAUGACAGUCCCAAGGUGUCGACAUAACAGCCUGGUGUACGAUGGGAAAAUAUAUACCAUUGGAGGGGUUGGUGUGGCAGGCAACGUUGACCAUGUGGAAAGGUAUGAUACAAUCACCAACCAGUGGGAGACCAUCGCUCCUCUGCCCAAGGCCGUCCAUUCGGCUGCUGCCACUGUUUGCGGUGGGAAAAUCUACGUCUUCGGUGGGGUGAAUGAAGCUGGCCGGGCCGCAGGAGUCUUGCAGUCCUACAUCCCUCAGACUAACGCCUGGAGCUUUAUAGAGUCUCCAAUGAUCGAUAACAAAUAUGCUCCUGCAGUCACUCUCAAUGGGUUCAUCUUUAUUCUUGGAGGAGCUUAUGCACGAGCAACCACCAUCUAUGACCCAGAGAAGGGCAAUAUUAAAGCAGGUCCCAACAUGAACCACUCCAGGCAGUUCUGCAGUGCCGUGGUUCUGGAUGGAAAAAUUUAUGCCACUGGUGGGAUCGUUAGCAGCGAAGGACCUGCUCUGGGAAACAUGGAAGCCUACGAUCCUAAAACAAAUACGUGGACACUUCUACCAAACAUGCCCUGCCCUGUUUUCCGACACGGCUGCGUAGUAAUCAAGAAGUACAUUCAGAGCGGCUGACGGUGCCUGGGAGUCGGAUGGAGAACUGUCUGUCCCUGUUGAAAGCAGGCAAGAGGAAUACUACUACUUAAGAAACAAAAGCAGCAAAGCCAGCCAGUGAACAUAUUGCUCUAAAGUCUUGAAUAGUGUCUACAUUGAAUGUAGAAAAAUCAUCCUCACCUUUUGGUGAACAAGGAGCAGAGAGCUCCGUGCUAUGUAAGAUAUUGUAACUUAAUACAAAGGUGUCACUAGAUGUUAUAGUGGCACUUGUUCUGGACGUCGGCUUUUGGUCAACCCAGGUGCAAUAGAAUUUCACAUAUUUUUUAAGCUGGGGAAGAGAGGAAAAAAAAAAUCUGCAUUUUACUUUAGAGCUCAAGCUUGAUUCUUAAAAUAACCAUGCAGAUUAAUUUUACUGUUACACUUUAGGCAUCAGUCUAUUUGAAAGGUCAAAGUGUCCUUACCACUUUGAUUCCUACAUUUGUUUUUAACAAAUACACACUUUUCAGUAUCGAUGACUGAGAGAAAUCUUGUGUGACAGAUGGCUUACAAUGAUGUCAGUCUUCCAUCAGAGCAAACAAACCUUUCAGUCCUCUAGAGCAGAACCCGGAGAAGGGUGAGGUGGGGACUGGGGAGGAGAAGAAUAGCCAUUGGUAACAAAUCCCAUGUAAAUGAUGGGAAAAGGUCUGUUGGGCUGGAUGCGUUUCUGCUCCCGGUGAUAUUUGUGUGGGCAGCAUGUGGCUGUGCCCACGGGGGCGGGGGAAGGUUUCUAAACCUUUUACUCCCUGUUUCUGCUGAUGAGAGAACUUGACAGUGCUCAAUUCCUGUAAUGCAAAAUGAAAAGUGUUUUGAUUCCAGAGGCGUUCUCCUGAUAAACCCUCCCUCUCCUUGGGAUCACAGUGAAAUGCACGGCCCAGCGCGGCAUUUCCACGCUUUCAUCAGAUGGAGAAGAUGUCUCCUGGUGUGGCUACGCACUCAGUUUUGGUCUCAACCAAAGUUCCCUCUGUUGGGAUCUACGCCACCAUCUUCUAUGUAAAGUCUGAGAAGUUUUUGAUUUUGUUCUGUUUUUCAAGUUUCCCCACAGGUGUGGAAACCUUAUACUUCUCUUAUUUACAGAUUUUAAACACACAAGUUUAAAUCCCAUGGUAGAAAAAAUGCAUAGGCUUAAGCCCAGGAUAAGAGACUUAAAAUGAUUACUAUGUAGAGUUGUAAGUAUAUGCACAGCACAGGGGUUAUAUUUUUAUAUAUAUUAAAAUAUUGUCUAUCCAGAGAGCAUUGUGAUGUGGAAAUUCUUUAUAAAUUUAUACAUUAAAGGAUCAAAUGGAAGAUGGACCGGGUAACAGAGGGGGCAGGGGAAAGAAUCUUAACAUUCACACAUAGGAAGUAACCCCAAGCUAAGGACUGUCUGAUUUCUUUACAAGUAGAUGGAAAAAAGUUGCCAUACUUGCCUUUGCAGACUCAAAUCCCAAAUGCUAUGCCAGUAGUUCAAGAAGGAGGGUCCUAUACAGGGCAUGGGCAAGAUCUUACAGUCAAUAUCUAGUAGAGUUUCAUACCAAAUACGCUAGCCUUUUUAUACAGAGGGAGGUCUGCCUACAGCUUUGGGGAAAUCAAUGCAGAUGGUUAGCUAAUCAUCUUAUUUUAUUAAUAACCGUUUAUAAAAUAAAGAAAAAAAAGAAAUUUGUAUCUUGCAGUAUUUAAAGAAGUGCUCAAGUCAGCUGAGUCAAGCUAUAGGAUGACUCAAGUCUCUCAUUUUGACAGUGAGGUUCCAGCCUUUGUUAUGCAGUUGUUUUAUUUAUUCUUUAAAGAAAACAAAUAAUAAGCACAACAAAAAUUAUAUUACUAGUAUGUCAUUGAAAGUAUUUAUGUCAAACAGGGUGCAAGUGUGAACCUAAAGAUUGGAGCACAAGUUUCUAACUGCCUGGGGCAGGAGUAAUUUUAGUGUUGGUGUGUGUCUACCUCCAAAGGAGGUGCUACCUGUCAACAAGACCGAAACACAUUCAACAUUUCCAAUUUAAGCUUAUUUCUUCAUUUCUCACACUGGAACAAAACUGGCGAUUUCUGUGAAUAAUAAUAAAAACAGGGUUAUCU